ACGCCUAUUCUCAAAAGGCUUCGUCUCUGUAAAUGGCGACUGGUUCUCUACAACUUCCUGUGGUACAGAAGACUAUUGGCGGCCUCAGCUCUAUCCUACGGGGAGAUGGGAGCCAGUCAGUAAAGGAAGACGCUAUAUUGAGUCAUUUAAAAGCACUGGAGACAGACAGCCGUUUCAACAUUGACCCAGAAUUUCCUUCUGAUGGGAAUUGGUUUAACACAGGUGGCAAGCCUCUCUCCUUCUCUUCUGGCCAGUUAGAAGGGAACCUGAUCCUCCUUGACUUCUUCACGUACUGCUGUAUCAAUUGUCUCCACUUGCUGCCUGAUUUAGCUAAACUUGAAUCCAAAUUCAGCCACAAUGAAGGCCUAUUGGUGGUAGGUGUGCACUCACCAAAGUUCCCCAAUGAGAAGGGAGACUCCAAUUUAUUAAACGCCAUACUUCGCUAUGAUAUACACCAUCCAGUACUCAAUGAUGUUAAUAUCAUCCUUUGGGAGAAACUCGGUAUCUCGUGUUGGCCCACUGUCGUUCUAAUUGGGCCAGGAAACAAAUUAAUUUAUUAUAUUAUCGGAGAGGGGCAUUAUAUGGAGAUGGAGCUAUUUGUGAGUACUGCUCUUCGUUAUUAUAAAUCCAGUGGAGUUUUGAGGGGCGUGUCUGUGGGCGUGGCUCUGGAGAAAGACAAAGUGGAGGAGAGUAUUUUGAGCUUUCCGGGAAAACUGGUUUCUUUUAAAAGAGGCGGAGUUUCGGAGCUAUUGUGCAUAUCUGAUUCGUCGAAUCAUCGUGUAUUGGUUGUUGAUGCUGUCACUGGCCUCGUCAAACAGGUUUAUGGAUCUGGUUCUCCUGGUUUUAAGGAUGGGCGGGGCAAGGAGGCAGAGUUUAAUUGUCCCCAAGGAUUGGUGAUAUGCGAGGAGUGUGUUUAUGUUGCUGAUACAGAAAAUCAUUUAAUUAGAAAGAUUUCAUUGUCUGAUGAUUUUGUUCUCACAGUGGCUGGGACUGGCUACCAAGGAAAUGACAAAGAGGGUGGGAAAGUUGGAAAGGAACAAGAAAUCAGCUCACCCUGGGACCUUGCCAUCAAUAGCGAUUGCUCAAUCAUUUACAUUGCAAUGGCUGGUACUCAUCAACUUUGGGCGUAUUUUCUAAAUAAUGCUCAACUCUUCAAAAAGGUGGAGUAUGGGCGUGGCUCUGUUGUUAGGAUGGUUGGAUCUGGAGAAGAAGCAAAUAAAAAUAAUUCAUUUCCUUAUAAGGCAGCAUUGGCUCAACCCUCGGGCCUUAGUUUAACAAAAGAUGGUUCUAUUCUUUAUGUGGCCGACAGUGAGAGCAGUACAAUUCGCUCUGUGUCUCUUAAUGAAGGGGGCGGGGUCAAAGCUGUAGUGGGAGGAGCUUUAGACCCAAUGGAUUUGUUUGCUUAUGGAGAUGUUGAUGGGAAAGGACGUGAUGUUAAGCUCCAGCAUCCAAUGGGUGUGGCUUGGGAUGAUACCAAUCAGUUGUUAUACAUUGCAGAUUCCUUCAAUCAUAAAAUUAAAGUGGUCAAUCCUAAGACUAAAGUAUGCAGUACUUUGGCUGGUACAGGGUCUCCUGGUUUGGUCGAUGGUUCUUUUGAGGUGGCCCAAUUCUCAGAGCCAGCUGGACUGUGUAUGAGUCAAGAGGGCGAUACACUCUAUGUUGCUGAUACUAAUAAUCAUGCUAUAAGAAUACUGGAUUUAAAAGAGAAGAAAGUGUCUCAGGUUAAACUCCGCCUCUCCCAGGACAGUACCGCUAAUGCUGAAGACACUGACUGCAGCUCAUCUUACACGCCCAUAACUAACCCUCGUUUUGUAUCCAUGGUAACCCUGAGUCCCCUUAGCGUCCCUCCAAAAGGUGACCUUGAGAUUAGUUUGACCUUUGAGCUCCAGACAGGAUAUGAGCUUAACGAUGGAUCCAUCUGGCAGUUAAUACCUUUGCCUACUGAUUCACCUGUUGCUUUUACUAGCCCAGUUAACAAGAAGGGAACGGUCCAGUUGCUGGCCCCACUGGUGAUUAAAUUAAGUUUAGGCGACACACUUGAUGUGUCUAAUGUCAAAGUGACAAUACAAUUGGAGUUGUUCAUUAUUGGUUGUUCUCUCAUUGAUGACGCAUGCCACAUGAAACAGUGUAUCAUAAACCAACCACUUCAUUUCAGUGAACAAUCAUCUCCAGCUGCUCAUUCAAUAUCACAUCUAAUCAUCAUGUCAGAAGACCAACAGGAUUAGGCCUGUACAUGUACAUCAUCCAUUAUGUAUGUGUACAUGUUUACCGUGUGUAUCAAUGAUUGUAAUUCUUGUACUUUCUCAUGUUUUAAUCAAUUGCAUUCUUGUUUUAUUUCUCUCAAUAACAAUAUUUUGUUACAUUUUAUUUCAUUCAGCCUUGUUCUUUAAUUUUUAAUAGAGAUAAAGAGAACUGCAAUAUCCUUUGUGUUUAUUGUCUGCUAUUAGAACUAUCAUUAAUUUAUUGUUUUUUAAUAUUAAGUAAAUUCCAAACCUUCAUUCUAAAGUCUUCUUUGAGUU